AUGUUUCCCGCCGCUCGACGAGCUGUGGCCAGGCACGCCAGCAGGGUGAUUGGCGCAGCGCCCUCUCUGGCGUCCCGCGCCUACGCCCGAAGCCGACUCCUCUCUACACUCGCCGUCUUGGAGCAGCGUGAUGGUCAACUCAGCCAUGGCUCGCUGAGUGCCUUUACGGCGGCCAAGAAACUCGGCGGAACGGUGCAUGGCUUUAUUGCGGGCACCAGCGUCGCUUCUGCUGCGCAGGAGGCGGCCAAGGUGGACGGUGUCGAGAAGAUCAUCAGCGUGGAUAACUUGUCCUAUGAAAAGGGCCUCCCAGAGAACUAUGCGCCAAUGCUGGUCGAGAACAUCAAGAAGGGCGGGUACACACAUGUCAUCGCCGGUCACACUGCCUUUGGCAAGUCCGUCCUGCCCCGCGUAGCCGCCAUGCUCGACUCGCAACAGAUCUCAGACAUCACCGCCAUCGAGAGCGAGUCGACCUUUGUCCGUCCCAUCUACGCCGGCAACGCCAUUGCGACUGUCGAGUCGUCCGACGCGAUCAAGUUCAUCACCAUCCGAGGCACUGCCUUCGCCGCCGACACACCCGGCUCCGGCUCGGCUGCCAUCGAGGCCGGCGUCGACCCCAAGUCGGAGCCCAUCUCAGAGUGGGUUUCGGAGGACCUGGCCAAGUCAGACCGUCCUGACCUGGCGACGGCCGGCAAGGUCGUGUCGGGUGGACGCGGUCUCAAGUCCAAGGAGGAGUUUGACAAGGUGAUGCUUCCCCUGGCGGACGCCCUCGGUGCUGCCGUGGGUGCUUCGCGCGCUGCGGUGGACAGUGGCUACGCGGACAACAGUCUGCAGGUUGGCCAGACUGGAAAGGUUGUGGCGCCUCAGCUGUACAUGGCUGUCGGUAUCUCGGGUGCGAUCCAGCACUUGGCUGGCAUGAAGGACAGCAAGGUCAUUGCCGCCAUCAACAAGGAUGGAGACGCCCCCAUCUUCCAAGUGGCGGAUGUUGGUCUGGUGGGCGAUCUGUUUGAGAAGGUGCCCGAGUUGACAGAGAAGGUGAAGGGUUCAUAG